CGACACCACCUAUGAAGCUCGUCGUAUACAAUAGUGACAAGCCCGGCUAAGACGAAAAACCGGAAUCAAAGAGGCUUGCAUGCGAGGUCGAUUUCCUAGCAAGAUAUGGACUCCCGACGCCCGCUCACGGAAGAACGCGACUGGUUCUACAACGGCCUUCCUAGCCUACCUAAGCUUGUAGCACGCUCUAGCUCAACACCGUUCCGCUUUAAUCGUGUUAACCCAUGGUUGUCGGAUCGCAAAACCCUGGCUGCUGUCGGCGAGCAUGCUAUUGUCAGCAGAUGGAACGACGAACCUUCCCUCCUGAGGGACCAAAUAUUAGGCAUCCUUGCCCGGCAGGACGUCGACUAUCAGGCGAUUGACAGCCUCCGCAUAGGAUACAUCGACAAUGAAAUGCCAGUCAUCGUCUCCAUCUCGGUUUCGGCGGGCACGCCAUGGGAAAUAGGCAGCCAAGUCGCCCGGGAAUGCAGAAAAGCCCUUGUCGAGCACGGGCUUGACGAUGUUCACUGCGAGAUCAAGGAGUUCAGGCUCUUAAACCUCGUCAAGGUCCUACAGCAAGACGCACACGACCAUCCUCCCGAAUAUCAGUAAUAUAUGUACCAGCUUUCCGAUCAGCUGGGAACCGCCAUUACGAGCUCAGACAAGCCCCGUCAGGAAGGCACAAAGGGGAUCUAUUUACGCCGAACCAGUAGCAAGCCCGCCAAUAUAUUCGCGCUAACCUGCCGACAUGUCUGCUUUAUCAGCUCUGAGGUGGGUAGUCGGUUGUCAGGAAAAGAGACGCUACCUAGCAAGCCCGUCAUCCAGCUGCCAGAGAGGGCAUACAAUAGAUACAUGGGCUCACUAGAGACCUCCAGAAACAGGGUAACUACAGCAAUCUAAUACACAGAGCAGAAACAAGAGGCUUACUACGUUAAUUUAUCUAUAAAUAUUACUAAACUUAAAGGCAAUAUAGAUACUGUUAAUGCUAUCCUGUAGUUUUUCUACUGUUGCACUUUAUUAAGCAGUAGGAUUAUUAGAGAGGUUGUAUACGCUGUAGCCUAU